AUGUAUGUUCAUUACACGUUAGGAGCCAUUUUUAUUGUAUUUAUUUUGUGCGUUCAUUGUGAUAAUGUAGCCAACGACAACGAAAUCAGGGAGAUUUACGUUCCGUCCGCACCACAAAACCUAACAGCAAACAGUAUAUCAGCUGAAGAAGUCCACCUAUCGUGGGCCCCGCCAUUGACUUUCACUCUACGCACUCUUCCCAGUACAGACAUUGACCCCAAUGGUCAAACAUCCAAACCUGACACUGACCUCCUAGUCAUAGCAAAUAAAAGGAUAGAACUGCAAGGAGAUGAGCCUGUCAACGAAGUCCUUAACCAAGACUCCGUCUCUGAUCGAAUAGGUCCAGAGAAGUUCAAAGAUGAGUACACUUCCUACAACUGGUACAAGAAUGACAAACAGAAAUACAACGAUGAGUACUCAUCUCAUAUCCUGCUCGAUGACUACAGGAGUAAAAGAGAUGUCAGAACACUCAGACAUAGAAAGAGACGACAAGAUAACAGUACACAUUUCGAAAAGAGUUUAGAAGAACUUGAGACACAUCAAGCAUUGGAACCUUCGAAAGAGGUUGUAAAGAAAUCUUUUGGACAAAGUAAACAUAGGGAUACUACACAAGUGGCUUACGUUCUUUAUUAUGAAGAAGGGGUCCCAAGAUAUGAUGUUAAUAUUGUCAAUGGUGUGCAGAAAUCUUCUGAUGUCAAGAAAAAGAAUGUGUUUCGAAGUGACCUAGGUAUGGAGGAUUACAAAGGAGUGACCAAGAAUCUGACGCUAUUGAACACUUCCGGGAAGGUGACGAAAGUGGUCGGGUUCCGCUUGAGGAAUUUGAAGCCCUUCACUCCCUACAAGAUCUGGGUGCGUGCGUUCUACAACUUCUCACUGGAUGGAGUGAAGUCGUCUGACCUUCUUGACCGCUUGGGACCCAAAUCUGACCCACUGUAUGUCUUGACCGACGUGAGACCUCCGUCAGCUCCCAUAAUACUCAACCUUACCUGUGACCAGCCUAAACGUACUCUCUACCUCCAAUGGCGCCAACCUCUAGAGUACAACAACUCUCUUGAUCAGUACGUGGUGACGCUGCGCAAGAUUCCCGAGCAACAACCCCGCACUAGGCUUACAUUACCAACUAACAAGAACGAUAUCGAAACUACUAUUAGCGUGGAGGUGGAAUUAUGGAAUAUGACAAGAUACGAAGUUAAAAUUUACGCAGUAACGCUAUCAGUUUGUAAGGAAAAAGGUCUAGUCAACGGUGUCGAGUCACCGCCGGAGGAGGUGUCGAGUGAACUGUGCGUGGCGCACUCGGAGGCGAUGUCCCCGGGCGAGGCGCCGCCCGCCGCCCGCGGCGUGAGCACGACCGCGCUGCUCGCCGUGUGCCCGCUCGCCUUGCUCGCUGCUCUGGCCGUCGCGCUGCUUUAUUGGAGGUGUCGAUCUCGACUGAGUAAAUGUAUCAGCGCUGCAUAUAAUUAUUUAGAAGAAGGCGGUGAGAGAGCUGCUCGGGCACCGCUCAAUUCUUACAAAAAACCUGUGGUGAAUUGUUCUCCGCUGGUGUCGUGCGCGUCAGGCGGGGCGGGAGCGGGCGCGGAGGCGGAAGAGGGAGCGGGCGCGGAGUGCGACAGCCGCGCUCGGCCGCCGCGGAUGUCGGGAGCUCAGCACCCCGCCGUACGCGCCGCCAUCUUCCCCGCACACGUGGCCUCGCUGCACGCCGAUGGGGACAUUGGCUUCAGUAAGGAGUAUGAAAUAGUGGUAGCGAAAUCUGCCGCCUUGGGACAUACAAGCCAUCACAGCCACAGACCUGAAAAUAAACUAAAAAAUCGGUACCUGAAUAUUACUGCAUACGACCACUCGCGCGUGUGCGUGUCGGCGGGCGGGCGGUGCGGGGCGGCGGGGUGCGUGGGGGCGGGCGCGGGGGCGGGCGCGGGGGCGGGGGCGGGCCGCGGCGCCACCUGCGACUACGUCAACGCUAACUUCAUCGACGGCAUGCUGCCCGCGCUGCAGCCGCAACACGUCGCUCGGAUUAAGAGGAAACUGGAGAGGAGGAGCAGACCUCACAGACAAUCAUCGAUAAAGCCAUCGAAACCACCACCUAACCUAUCCGAGGGCAUAGAAUCGGCGUUCCUAAAUAUUGAGUUUUCCGGCAUUGUUGAGUCAGACGAACAAAACUCUGAUUCUGACAGUGAUAGAAGUGAUGACGGUUCAGAGUUGGAUGAUGUUUAUGUUGAUAUUGAUGGUGUACCAACUCGAGUAAAAUUAGAAUGGCUGAUAUGGCGUCGAAGAUAUAUCGCCACACAAGGCCCCACACCUGCUACUCUGGAUGCGUUCUGGCGAAUGAUCUGGCAGCAUCGUGUCCACACUGUUGUCAUGAUCACUAAUCUCGUGGAGAGAGGACGGCGCAAGUGCGACAUGUACUGGCCGGCGGGCGGCGCGGGCAGCGCGGCGGAGUUCGGCGGCGUGCGCGUGACGCUGCUGCACGAGGACGUGCGCGCCGCCUACACCGUGCGACACAUGCGCGUGCACAAGCUGCCUCUGGACUGCGCCGGGGGUAGCUCCCCCGGCAGCGAGGAGAGCGGCGACAGCCGCGGGGCGGGACGCGUGGUGGUGCAGUACCACUACACGGUGUGGCCCGACCACGGCACGCCGCGCCACCCGCUGGCCGUGCUGCCCUUCGUCAAGGCCGCCGCCAAGCACCCCGCCACCGUGCUCGUGCACUGCAGUGCCGGGGUUGGCCGCACGGGCACGUACAUAGUCCUCGACGCUCAACUGAAUCAACUCAAACUGACAGGCACGCUCUCACCACUAGGAUUCUUGUGUCGAGCCAGAACACAACGAAACCACUUAGUUCAAACAGAAGAACAGUACGUGUUCGUACACGACGCGUUGUUGGAACACGUACGCUCGGGAGACACAGAGGUCGAGUUCCCUAAAGCGAGAGAAUACCUCGCUAAACUUCUCGUACCGAUAUCUGACGAAGAACUAGCUGUUUUAGACAUUAAUUCAAACAAACAUAGAAGCGCAAUUGACUUGUCGAAUGGUAUUGAAAACGGCGAAACGUCAAGUAUUAAAUCUAGUGUUCAUACUAGUGAGAAGGAAGUUCUAGAAAACGGUAGCCAGAUUUCCAUAAAGACUGAUGACCUCAAUAGCGAGAACAGUAAAUCUGUGAAAGAUUCAGAGGGAACCGACGAUAGUAAAGAUGGAAUGGUGAAUGGGGACGACACGGAAGGAGUGUAUGAUUUGGCGCCGAGGUCGACGGACACGUACAAUAAGAAGAUGCAGGCGUAUAAUAAUAUGAGUGAGCAAGAAAAGGAAGAAAUGAGAAGAGCAAACCGUGUGGAAAACUAUGCGCUGUUAGAAAGAAUGAGAUCUUUGGCAAAUCGACAUAAUACGUAUCUAGGGCCACCGCCCGUCAACUUGUUGGAAAAACAGUUUCUGCUAAUAACCCGUUCGUGUGUGGAAGCGAGCGUGUGCGCACGUGCGCCGCACAAUGCGGAAAAGAACCGUUCCGGUGGUAUCCUGCCAUCUGACUCCGCCAGGGUCAUGCUCGUGCCUAAGCCGGGAGUCGAAGGUAGUGAAUACGUGAACGCGUCGUGGGUGUGCGGGCGGCGGCGCGUGCGCGAGUACGCCGUGGCGCAGCACCCCGCCGCCUGCGCCGCCGACCUGUGGCGCCUGCUGUGGGACCACACCGCGCAGCUCGUGCUCACGCUCUCCGACACCGACGACCCGGAGUGUGAAAUAUUCUGGCCGACGGAGGAUGAAAAAGAAUUGUUCGUCGCUAACUUUAGAGCGAGUUUCGUAUCGAAGGACACGUACGUGGCCUACCGAAAAACCGACAGGAAAUCGCCGGCGCCCUCUCCCGUCGAGCCCGAGACCGACGGCUACAGGAGACAGGAGAGCGGCGACUGCGCCGACGACGAGAGACUGAUACCGGAGAACGGUUCGCCGGUCGCCGACGCGGCACCCGCCUACCGCUUCGACCGAACGGAACUUAGAUUAGAACGACUCAGCGCGGGCAACCGCGAUCUGUCUGCGAGGAAAUCGAUCGCCAACGGAGAUCUAUUCUCGUCCUUAUCGGAAAAGAAAAACGGUCCAAAAUCACCCCGCAGUCCCUCAAAAAUGUCCCUGAAGAAUUUCAAAUUGAGCUCACCGACGAAGUUCAAAUUCCCAGAUUGGGGUUCGAGAAGCGCUGGCUCCCCACCGGACGUAGCCCCGCCACCGCCUCCCGUAGCACCGGCGUUGACCGUCGAAGAAGAAGCAGAGUUACGCAGACCCUGUUAUGCAUUUGAGAAAGUCGACUCGAUACCUGAAGACGUACCGUUAGACCGCGUUAUAGAGGUGACAAACGUUAGCGUGCAUUCCUUACAAGAUGACUAUCAAUUAUCUGUGAAGUUUAUAAAGUGUAGUAAAUGGUUAGAGGGGGCGACGACGUCCUACUCCCCCGGAAAACCGGACGAUAAUGAGUUCGUGAGAGCGGUGAGACAAGCUACGACUGAAAGUGAGAGGGAAGAAGCUAUAGACAGGCUUAUAGAGCCGUAUAGAGACUCGUUCGCGUUGGUCGAGUAUGUCGCGGGUUGUCAGAUGGAGUACAAAAAUGGGCCAGUGGUUGUUGUGGACAAGUACGGCGGGUGGAAGGCGAUGAACUUCUGCAGCAUGUCGGCGGCGAGCGGCGGGGCGCGCGCCGUGGACGCGCACGACCCGUCGGCGCCGUUCCGGUCGGGCUCGGACGCGCGCGCGUCGCUGUACUGCUGGCAGGCGCUGGGCGCGCACGCGCGCACGCCGGCGGGAGGCGCGCGCGCGCACUCGCUCGCCGCGCUGCUGGCCGCCUACUGCGCGCUCGCCGCCUACGGCCAGCUGCUGCACUCCGCGACCCUGCGCACGCACUCGCGCAGGUACUCCUGCCGCUCUACCGUCUAA